CAGAGAAAAGAGGUAGUGAGCUGGUGUUUCAGGAUGUGAGGGCCCGCAGGAGCGGAGCUGGGCUCUCUCCGCCGCCUGCCCAUCACCGUGAAAGCUCUGACCGGCGCUGCCCGAAGUCCCCAUGGUGGGCGCCUCCCGUGGCAGGGACCCGUGAAGAGCAGCGGCAUGCCGGGGAAGCCCAAGCACCUGGGCGUCCCCAACGGACGCAUGGUUUUGGCUGUCUCUGAUGGAGAGCUAAGCAGCACGGCAGGGCCCCAGGGCCAGGGCGAGGGCCGAGGCAGCUCCCUCAGCAUCCACAGCCUCCCCAGUGGCCCCAGCAGCCCCUACCCCACCGAGGAGCAGCCUGUGGCCAGCUGGGGCCUGUCCUUCGAGCGGCUGCUGCAGGACCCGCUGGGCCUGGCUUACUUCACUGAGUUCCUGAAGAAGGAGUUCAGUGCCGAGAACGUGACUUUCUGGAAGGCCUGCGAGCGCUUCCAGCAGAUCCCAGCCAGCGACACCCAGCAGUUAGCUCAGGAGGCCCGCAACAUCUACCAGGAGUUCCUGUCCAGCCAGGCGCUGAGCCCGGUGAACAUCGACCGGCAGGCCUGGCUCGGCGAGGAGGUGCUGGCGGAGCCCCGACCGGACAUGUUCCGGGAACAGCAGCUUCAGAUCUUCAACUUGAUGAAGUUCGACAGCUAUGCGCGCUUCGUCAAAUCCCCGAUGUACCGCGAGUGCCUCCUAGCGGAGGCCGAGGGUCGCCCCCUGCGGGAACCUGGAUCCUCGCGCCUCGGCAGCCCUGAAGCCACAAGGAAGAAACCUAAGCUGAAGCCUGGGAAGUCGCUGCCGCUGGGUGUGGAGGAGUUGGGGCAGCAGCCGCAGGCUGAGGGCCCUGGGGGCCGCCCUCUCCGCAAGUCCUUCCGCAAGGAACAAGGUGGAGCGGCAAAUUCAGCCUUGCGCAGAGAGUCUCAGGGAUCUCUCAACUCCUCCGCCAGCUUGGACCUCGGCUUCCUUGCCUUUGUCAGCAGCAAGUCUGAAAGCCACAGGAAGAGCCUUGGGAGCUCAGAAGGUGAGAGUGAAAGCCGGCCAGGGAAGUACUGCUGCGUGUACCUGCCUGAUGGCACAGCCUCCUUGGCCCUAGCCCGACCUGGCCUCACUAUCCGUGACAUGCUGGCAGGCAUCUGUGAGAAACGAGGCCUCUCUCUACCUGACAUCAAGGUCUACCUGGUGGGCAAUGAGCAGAAGGCCCUGGUCUUGGAUCAGGACUGCACCGUGCUGGCGGACCAGGAAGUGCGACUGGAGAACAGGAUCACCUUCGAGCUGGAGUUGGCGGCGCUGGAGCGCGUGGUGCGGAUCUCCGCCAAGCCCACCAAGCGGCUGCAGGACGCGCUGCAGCCCAUCCUGGCGAAGCAUGGCCUCAGCCCGCAACAGGUGGCGCUGCGCCUGCCAGGUGAGAAGCAGCCGCUGGAUCUAGGGAAGCUGGUGAGCUCCGUGGCGGCCCAAAGACUGGUGUUGGACACUCUCCCAGGUGUGAAGAUCCCUGAAGCUGGCGACCUACCCCCCUGCCGCAGCCAGGGUGGCCCCCCCAGGAUCCAGGACAAAGCCACCCACCCCCCUUCACAGUCCCUGAACUCACUGGCCCAGACAUCCAGUAGUAUCACUGGGAAGCGGCAGACCUGUGACAUUGAAGGCCUGGUGGAGCUGUUGAACCGGGUGCAGAGCAGCGGAGCCCAUGAUCAGAGGGGCCUUCUGCGCAAAGAGGACCUGGUGCUUCCAGAAUUUCUGCAGCUGCCUGUCCAAGGAAAUAACUCCCAGGAGGCCCCAGCACAGACUGAAUCAGCGGCCCAGCCUAAGGGGGCCCCCUCAGACUCCACUGCCCACUCAGCCCUCUGACAGCUGCCCAGCAGUCCAAGCCAGCUGCAUGGCACCUGGCGGGCCAAGCAUGCCACGGGCCCGCUCUGCAUGCCCUGUCUGUGCCAUGAAUAUCCCUGGCCCCUUCCUGCCACGGGCGGGCCCGCAGGAGGAGCUGGGAGAGGGUGGAGAGGGGACUCAGAGGAGUGACACUCCACGGCGGCCACCACAUGAUCCCUUACAGGCUUGCUCACCCAUCCCCCGCCGCCACGCCACAGCAGGGAGGUGGGCCUAGUUCUCAGUGCAGGUGUGCCCAACACGGAGGGAUGGCGUUGGCAGUGCCAGCCUCCCCACCGUGUGUCAGCUUUCAGCUGGGAGCAGGAGGAGGGGCCAGUCCCUCCUAGAGGAGCUGGAAUGAGCAAGGCCUGGGGGUGCAGGCAGGCAGCCCCUCCCUCUACCCACAGAGACACAACUGGAAUUAAGGAUUUGGCAGUGGGCUUGGGACAGCAAGAUUUGUCCUGAAUGUAUAUUGUUAUAAUGAUAAUUAUUAUUAUUCUGCCAUGGGGCAUGUUCCUUGUGCGCCACCCCUACCCCCCAAACUGCACUGCCUUUGUCACCAAGGUCAGUGCAAGGAAGUUCUUGGGGACCUCAGGAUGUGCCCCCUGGCUUCCUGUUGUCAGAACCUCUCUUCCUGACUGCACAGAGUCAUGGGUGUGAGUGUGAGAGAGACAGAGACAGAAACAGCCCAAGAGAAGGAGGGAGGGAAAGAGGAAGCGGGGGAGGGAGGGAGGAAGGCAGGGGAGGGGUAGAUCCUUCUGGAGAGCUAGGCCUCCGUUGGUGUCACUGUGCUGUUCCUUGAUCUCUGGAUCCGAGUGCAGUGUCUGGUCACGGUGCUCUGCUUCUGCUGGGGGCUGAGUGUGACUCUGUAGACAUGGUGCUGGGCUCCUAUGGAUGCAUCAAAGGCCUUGAGGAGAGCGCUGGUCUUCGUGGCGGGGGGCAGGGGGAAGUUCUGCCCCUUGCCUGCUUUGGCUGCGUAAUCUUCUCUGUACCCAGGAGGCAGCCAGGGAAGCCUGGAGCCCCUGUGGGAAGGGGGAGCAGAGAAGACCCCAGACUGAGGGCCCCAACCUGCAGGCAGAGAAGCCAGACUUAGUGGUUUAGAAGCCAGACUAAGCCACUAAGUGCCCAGAAUGCUGUGACAGAGGAAACCAGGAAAUGCAGGAGCCUUGAGAAGGAACCUGGGGAGUGAGGGGCCCACUUGACCACCCUCAACAGGUCAGGCUCUCUUCCCCAGGCCAGCUCUGCACUUGCUGUCCCUCGUCCACCCCCUAUCUUAUAACUGGGUCCUCAUCGUUGAAAUUUGGGGGAGAGAACGUGAGAAAAAAGUUGCUGUCUAAAACCUGUAAGAGGGUCCUCACCAGAACCUGACCACGUUGGCACCCUGAUCUUGGACUUCUGACCUCUAGAACUCUGAGAAAUAAAGUUUUUUCUUGUUUACAAGCCC